GAGAGCCAUCACAUUACGUCACAUCCUGAAAGGAAAGUAACCUGGGCAAGGCGGGAGAAGACAUGGUGAUUGAGAUAUAAAAGAACACAGAUUGUUUUUCUUCUUAAAAUGUCCAAACUUUCAAAGUCAGUGUAGUAGAUACAGAACUUCAAGAGUUGCAUAUUUUCAGUUUGUAUAGCUAGUUAGUCACUAUUGUAACCUCGUCGUUAACAAUAUCCAGCAAUCUCAGAAUAAGCACUUUGGAGCUAACUUGGACUAAAUUCGGACUGGACGAUAUGGCAACUAAGAAGUUAUCUGAAAUGGACAUCUCCCUCCCCUUAUCUUCCUUACGCCUCCUAGCCCCUCCUCUCCGGUUGGUCUCUGCCGCCAUGUGGAAGGUGAUAAAGGAACGCGAUGUGAUGCAUUAUGGGAUGCUGGAGGAGUUUGUGACGUCGACCUGUGAGACAGUCCCUGGCUUGCUCACAUCUAGACACCAGGCCAAGCUGGCUCUGGGGCUGAGAGCACGGUUGAUCUUAGAAGUGUGUCAUGGCCUGGACCCACCAGAUCCAGCGGUUAUCCUUCCCCAGCUGGACAGGAUCCGUGCCCUCACUCCUUCCUCUGCACUGAAGAAGGAUGUGAGAAUUGAGACCGCAGUCACCAACUUGCAUGGCCUGGUGGAAGUCCUCCUGAGAGACCCCACAGAGAGAGCACUGUUCUACAUGGAGGAGUUUCCUUCAGAGUAUGGCCCUCAGUUUGACCAGGAACUGGAGAAACUGCUGUGGGAGUUCCUGCUCAGACUGAACCAACUUCUCCCCGUGCCUAACCUGGCUCAGACGGUGUCCUGGCUCACUGCUGCCCCUCCUGUCCUAGAGGAGUGUGCGAAGGCUGCCUCCCAACCACAGCUCCUGAGGACCUUGCUCCAGCACCAGAUCUGCCUGGGUCACCUGGAUUUGGCAGCUUCUCUUCCUCCCUGUAUGGGCGACUCCAUCCUCUCAUCCCUAUCUCUCCCUCCCUCUGGAAGACCUCAGCAAAGCGAACAAUCAGGAUCUAAGCCUGCCUUUGUUUCCACCCCAAACCCUCAGUCUUUAACCCCAUUGACCAAUCACAGACAGACACAAAACAGGUCAUCGCCCAUCACGCCUGUGAUAGGUGGGAUUUGCAACGAAGACCUGCCAGUCAUGGCUUCAGCCAAUAACAGGCCAAGAACUUGCAAGGAAGACGUUACUAUCCAAUCGGAUUCAGGAGAAGUGGAGAAGAAAGCAGAGUCAACGGCAAAGUCAAAAUAUACUGAGGUGGAAUCUGAAGAGGACGAGGAGGUGAUAGUCGUGAGAAGAGGGAGGAGGAGGAAGAGGAGGAGGGAAGAGGAUUUGACGAGUGAUACAGAUGAAGAGACUGAGAGGGACCUUCGAAGGGACUGUUUGGAUCAGUUGGGGAUUGCAGGCCUCAAGGUUCCAGAAGACCAGCACCUCUGCUCUUACAUCACAUCCUGUCUGCUUAACCAACCCAGAGUGCUCAUCCCCCGACUGACUUUCACAGACAUCAUUGCACAUGUGAGGUCACAACCUCACAGUCCUUCCUGCAGCAACGAGACACCAACAGCAGGUAGAUCUCCAUGGGGACAGAACAAGAGGCUGACGAUAACUGUGCGUCGGCUUCCUUCGACCCAGCAACGGAAGUUGAAUGACAGCUCGUUGACCCUAGAUGUGGUGCUUCCAGCAUCAGCUGACAAAGAGAACUGUUUGCUUCCUUCAGUUAGCUCUCCCUCCAUUCCUCUGCCUCAAAUUAGAAGCACAGAAAUACUGACCUCACCAGUAACCAGUGACAAUGAUGACGUCAUAGGAGAUUCAGAGGAUGAGGCGACAAAGAAUUUCAAAGGCAGGCUGUUUAGGAAGCGCUACUAUAGGACCAAGCACGACACCUAUGUACCCACCCUCAGGGAGUUCUGGAAGCCCAGCCUGGCCCGACCUGCUGUUUCCCGGCAACGGACACAGAUGACACACUCAAUAAUUCACAGACGUACGGCAAAAUCCUUUCACCAUCCAUGGGGAGCAAAAUAUGAAUUUUGAAACAGGAAGGGUACCAUCUGAACUUUUCCAAUAGGAACAUGUUUCUUACUGCAAAAACAUUUUUCUAACAGUUUGGCCAACUGAACACAACCAUGGUUGUGAAUGAUUGGCAGUUUUAGGAUUCUUUGUAUCUGAUUCACUUUGCAAUAAGCAUUAUUUAAAAACCAGUGACUUUUUUAUUUUGAAAUCAAGAGGAUUAACCCAUGUCACCAAUACUUACUGCCUGUGUGCUGUCAUUGUCAAGCGUUCAGAUGUCCCAACACAUUUUCUUUUAGGGGUCAUACUUCUAUCUUCAGACGUUGAUGGCUGUGAUAACUGAGGCAAGAGCUUUCUCAUAUUGGCUGACAAUUUAAGUAAUUGUCAAGAGUUCAACUGGUUAUUUCAGCUCAAUAUCUUCAGAUUCUGAUGCCUGGUUGUGAUAACAACUUGGAGAAAAUAUUUUUAAUGUAUUUUUCAAUCGAGUAUUGUCAAUUCUCUGUAAAUGAGUGGGGUUUUAAUGUGUACUUUUGUAUCUUUUCAUAACUUUUUAAGCUAUGUCAUUAAAGAUUGUCAUGAAUUAAAUGUAAAUUAAGCAUCU